UUUCCCAGGAGGUCUUUACAAAAACCCAUACUUGCAUAAGUCACAUGGGAGAGUAUGUUAAGACAACUAGAGAGCAUUCUACAGCACAGUGGACAUGUUCUGUCUUUGUUUCUCUUGACAUAAACAGUAUGUUUGUACUUACCUUCAUCAUCUGAGAGCUGCAACCCUACCCUGUCUGGAAAGCAAGCCAGUGGAUUCUGAUGACCUUGAAAUAAUUUUCAGCAAACCAGAUUGACUGCAGAUGCAUCUAAAUCUACCACAGUAUGUGAAGCAAACAAUAUCUUUCUGAUGGAAUAAGAUAGCAGCAAUAAUUGCUGCUAUCCUCAAAAUGACUCUUUAUUAAUGUGACAGAAGAAUCUGAAAUGUAGCAUAUAUCUUCCAGAAGCAAUAUAUAAAAGGGUUGUCAGGGCUUUCUCUUGCAAGUAAGUCUCCAGCAUUCACAGAAUGACUCAUGCCUUUCAAGGCAGUGUUUUUCUCAAAUCCUUCUCCAUGAUAUCUGCAGUUUUUCCUAGUGACGAUAAAGAAUUUGUCUGAGACCAGCCAAAUGAUUCUUCUGGACAGUCCUUAUGUGAAUUACUUUCAAACUAUCAGAAAAUUGAAUGGAAUCCUGCAAGACUAUCAGAUAGCUGAAGGGGAAAGAAAAAAAAAAGGGUUUGCCUUAAUUCACUAUCACAAAGGAGAAGCAACUAAAUGAAAAGGUGUGCAACUGUGACCACCACAAAUCAACUUGAUUACUAGAUUUCACAAGUUAAAGAAAUAAAACAAUCUCAGUGUUUAGAGUAUAAGCCUGACAGUAUGGAAGCUGUAGUUAUGGAGUAAUUAUAUUUCUAGACAUUGGCCCCCUUACACCACCUUGAACACCUCCAUAAAAUUUAUGUCUCCAAAAUGAGAAUAGUACAUUAUAUCAAUGAGGAAAACAUGGCAAAUAGUUUUUUCAGAACUUCUCUCUAAGAAUGAAAUAUAGACAAAAAUACAAAUGAACUCUGAAAAAAUGCUCUUAUAAAUGCUACAGAUGAUACAAUGAGAUUUCAAGCUAUUGCUCUGCCACAGUCAUUUAGAUAGAAAUUGAGUUUCCAGAUAUGGCAAAUAUUGUUUAAGUUUCUGCUUACUAAACUCAACUGCAGUGCAUUCUUUCUCUUAACUUAUGAUACAACAGUAUGUCAUAGUGACACUAACAUGAAUUUUGGUGGUGGCACGAAACUUACAGUGAUCGGGAAGACCAAUGAAAUCAAACCACCGACUGUGGCCAUCUUUUCACCAUCAAAGCAAGAGAUUCAACAGAAGAAGAAGGCCACACUGGUGUGUCUGGCCUCCGGUUUCUACCCUGAUAACCUCAAUUUAGUCUGGAAGGUGAAUGACGAGAAGAGAACAGAAGGAGUGGGAACAGAUGAGAUUUCCACAUCAAAUGGGAGCACUUACUCAUUGACCAGCAGACUGAGAAUCUCAGACCAAGAGUGGUUCAACCCUCUGAAUCGUUUUGAGUGUAUUGCUGAAUUUUUUAAGAAUGAAAGCCAAUCAAUACAUAAAUUCAUCUAUGGUGAUACUGGAUGUAUGCUUACUAAAGAGUCCUACUUGCAUUAUGGAAAUUCUAUGAAGCUCACUUACCUCAUUCUGUGUGCCAAAGCCUUCCUUUAUGCAAUUUUGGUGUGCACUCUGAUGUGGAAAGUCAAGGCUGGUAGCAAGCCAUAUAAAGAAUAAGUGAAUAAUCUCCUCCAUCUCAUCAACAGGAAAACAACAAAUUCCACGUUUUUCUUUUCUGCAGUAGAGUCCAAGCUUCUAAUAUCUUCUUUCUUGAUGGUUCUCUGUUCUCUCCUGUUCUUUCAGCUUUGCUUUAAUCACUGCCAGAUUUCCCAUGGACAUGCAGGGUAAUCUCUGUCCUAGCUUUAAAGCACCUCCUUACUGCUCAGAGGCAUCAGCUUCUUAAAUUAGGAAUAAAGUUUGUGUCACUCCA